UUCCACAGGCCGUCGCUGACAAACCGAGACUGAUCAUCCAGGUUAUCGUCAUGUUCUCAGCUAAAUACGCCCUGUGGGUCCUGACGGGUCCGCUGGCUGUCACCACCAUCUUCUUCAACAUCUACAUCUUGUUGGUGAGUCUGUGGAACUACCGGCAGAAGAAGCAGUGGAGCGCCAGCGAGACGAUCAUCGCGGCGCUGUGCGUCGCCGACGUGGCUCACCAGCUCGUCUGCUACUUCUGGAUGACGAUGGACGAGGUGGAUCGGGAGUGCCUCGUGGGCCAGAACCUGUACACCUUCUUGGUGCUGCUGAUCUACAGCCUCAAGUUCACGGUCAUGUGGGACACCAGCUUCCUCACUUUCUACUACAGCAUCAAGCUGGUGACCACCCCCAACCACUGCUACACCCAGAUCCAAGCCUCCAUCCUCAGGCACGUCACCUUGGCCGUGUUCCUCAUCCCGCUGUGCGGCCUCGGCACGUGCAUGCCGAUGCUCAUCGUGUUCCACCACGACAAUGACACCACGAUGAACCGAGACUGCGGCGUUCUGAUUCCCGACACUCGCUCCGGACAAGUCUACGAGGUCAUGUACGUGCUGCUCACCGACAUCCUCCCCGGGCUGCUCAUGGUGAAAUGCUGCAUCUCCAUCUCCGUCCACUUGGCCGUCCACCUCCGUCACAUGAAGGCGAGCACCAACGGCGCCCACGCCCCGAAGCUGGGCUCCCAGCUGAGGGUGAUCCAGAUGGCGCUGGCCCUCGUGGUCGUGUUCAUCAUCUUCCUCGUGGUCGACCUGUACGUCCAGUACAAGAUCGCGGUGCACCACGAGAACAUCAUCGUGCUCGCGUUCUUCUUCACGUCCGCGUACACGACGGCCACCGCCAUGGUGCUGAUCUACGGGAAGAAGACUUUCUGGAAGGUUCUGAUCCGCGAGUUCAACGCCUGCAUGGACGAGUAUCCGUGUUUGUCUUGUCUGAAGGUGCCUGAAGAAAAAACUCAACACGGCUCGACGGCUAAAGUUAAAAACUGAGGAUCUGUUUCACACGGCAGGUCUUUGUGCUCAAAUCAAUUAGUCAUUGUCUGAAAUGAUUAAAAACUUUUAUUCUUUUAUC